UGGAAUAAAGUCCCGUCGCGACCAUUUCUCCCGACACCAAUUCCUCGCCUUUUUCUCAGUCCACUUUUAGGAAUUGCCCUCGUGCCACUCGUCAAGAACCAUGGCCGACAUAUCGCGCGAGCACAACAGCUCCCCGAUGCCCGGUGUCGUCCACAACCCGGAUCCUGCGCUGGAUAUCGAAAAAGAGCACCACCACGCGCACCUGCACCACGGCGCGCACGCGGAAGUGGGCCACGACGAAAAGGAGCAUGUCGCCUAUACGACAGGAACCACAAAGAACGAGCCCGGGGUGAUUCCUCCAGCUGACCCAAACGACGAUGUUCUGCACCGUCGGAGACAUGCCGAGAGGAAUUCCGAUGUGGACAUCGAGAAAUCUGGUGGCUAUAUCGAGACCGAGAAAGGUAGCUUGAGCAAAGGAUCGCCUGCUCCAGAAGCCAGUGAAGAGAUAGACCCGCAGCGCCAUCGUAUUGCGAAUGGAUAUCGAAGAUUCCGACUUCCUGUUCACAUCUUCAUUGGAAUGUUCUUCACUGGCUGGUGGAUCGCCAGUGUCGUUGUACAUCGCCAUGACAAGAAUUGGAUCAUUCCCUUCUUGUUCUGGCUGUGCAUUAUGCUCCGGCUCAUCUUUUUCCAUGUGCCCAUUACGAUUAUCAGCAAGCCCAUGCAUUUCGUCUGGAACCACACUGGUGUGAGACUCACGAACCUCAUCCCAGAGAGAAUGCGCAUUCCCCUCGGUGCGCUCUUGACUAUAGCCGUCAUCGUCGUUGGGGCCUUCGCAAGCGAGGAGAGCCAGGACAACACUCGCGAGAACCGUGCCGUCAGCUUGUUCGGCUUGCUCGUGUUCCUUUUCUUCUUCUGGCUAACCUCGCGGAACAAGAAGAAGAUCAUCUGGCACACCGUCAUUGUCGGCAUGUUGACGCAGUUCAUCAUUGCGCUUUUCGUGUUGAGGACCAAGGCCGGCUACGACAUCUUCGAGUUCAUCUCGACGCUCGCCCGUCUGCUCCUGGGAUUCGCCAACAAGGGUGUAAUCUUCUUAACCGACGCGACUGUUCCGGAUCUCCCGUGGUUCUUCACCGGCGUCGUACCGCCCAUUAUCUUCUUCGUCUCUUUCGUGCAGUUGCUGUACUACUGGGGAAUCCUUCAAUGGUUCAUCGGCAAGUUCGCCGUGUUCUUCUUCUGGUCCAUGCGGGUAUCCGGCGCCGAGGCCGUUGUCGCUUCUGCUUCGCCAUUCAUCGGUCAAGGAGAAUCUGCCAUGUUGAUUCGUCCUUUCGUUGCGCAUCUCACCAAGGCGGAACUGCACCAAGUCAUGACUUCCGGAUUCGCCACCAUUGCUGGUAGUGUGUUGGUCGCCUAUAUUGGCAUGGGCAUCAACCCUCAGGCUCUGAUUUCAUCUUGCGUCAUGAGUAUUCCUGCGUCUCUUGCGAUCAGUAAAUUGCGAUAUCCGGAAGAAGAGGAGACUCUUACCGCUGGACGUGUGGUCAUCCCUGAUGAUGAGGAGCACAAGGCUGCCAACGCGCUGCAUGCAUUCGCGAACGGUGCCUGGUUGGGCCUGAAGAUCGCCGGUAUGAUCGUCACGACGCUUCUGUGCAUUAUUGCGCUCUUGAACCUCGUCGACGGUCUCCUCACCUGGUGGGGUCGCUAUAUCAACCUGGACGGCGAGUACGACCUCACGCUAGAGCUGCUCCUCGGUUAUGCCUGCUAUCCGAUCGCUUUCUUGCUCGGUGUAUCCCGCCAAGGCCAGGACUUGCUCCUCGUUGGACGUCUGAUUGGCGUCAAGAUCAUUGCGAACGAAUUCGUUGCCUUCUCGAAUCUCCAGGCCAAGGAUGACCCCGACUCUCCGUACCACACCCUCUCACCCCGCUCUAAGCUCAUCGCCACAUACGCUGUCUGCGGUUUCGGUAACAUCGGUUCUCUCGGUACCCAGAUCGGUGUGCUCAGCCAGAUUAGCCCCGGCCGAAGCGGUGAUGUUUCUCGCCUUGCACUGAGUGCUUUGAUCUCGGGUAUAAUUUCCACCCUGACCAGUGCCAGCAUUGCUGGUCUGCUCAUUACGAAUCAGGCCCAAUUCUCCUAAUUGCUCAAGGAUGUACGGCGUGCGUAGGAAGCUUUGCCCUGAUGUUCCGAAGCGUCGCAAGCCUAAAACAUAGACCUAGUUAGAAUUGGUCCCACAUAUACCCAUCAAUACAUUUCACGUACCUUCAUCCUGGCUUCCUGUACCACUCCGUGUUGCUCCUGAUUUUUCUCCGUGAUAUCUCUUAUCAAUUCCUCGAUCCGGACUUGAGAGC